CCGUCCGGAGUAAGACUCGGUUGGUUCCGCUCCGCUCGAGGCUGCCAGCCGAGAAUAGUCGGAGAUAGCCGACUCCGGAUGGUUCUGCGGGCGAUGCAGCCGGUUGUCGCGGCCCUCGGGAGACGCUGGCUGGUUUUGUUGCCGGUGGUUUCAGUCAGUGUCGCGCCAGUCGUCGGUGGAGUUGGUCAGUGAUCUAAGUCAGAGCAGGGCCAGACAACGGAUACACGUACACGGUAGGCGCGCGUAGAUACCAUCCCGGUUAUUGGCGACGUUUUGAAAAACGAAUUGGUGAAAACCAGUGGCGACGAUAGUACGUAGAGGGGAAAAAGGGAGGGCGGAAAAAAUAAAAAUAAAAUAAACAUAGAAGAAACAAAAAACACACGCGCGCGCGUACACGGCAAAACGAACAACGAAAAACGUAUGCGAUACGAGUGAGUUAAACAGUGAUUUUUGCAGUAUAUAUUCGUUCGUUGAAAAGAGGCGUCAUCGUUUCGACACUUCAUUUGGAUAAUACCGCGUUGUAAACAGAUUGGCCGAGACACGUGUACCUCAUACAUCCGAACGGCGCAGCUUAAUUACAGCAAAGAAAAUAAUCGAGAAGGAAGCGAACGAAUUAUCGAGUCGGAGCCUCGCCUACUGUCAACAAAUGGGGCAUAGAGGCGCGUGGAUCCAGAAGUCGCAGUAUCGGUAAGGGGCACCUGCGUCCACCAUCAGGGGAUGGCAGCGACCGAUGGUCAGAUCGUGGUGGCAGCGGCGCGAUGGGCGGAGGAGGCGACGUACCUCCGUGACUUCGUGACGAAGCACCGUCUGCCAGCAGUGAUAAAGAUAACGAAAGGUCAGUACGGUGGAUUUGGAGUGCCGACGUUGCCGGCGCCGAGUUUGCAGAGUACGGCGCUCCUCGCGUCGGCGGGAAGGCGACGGAAGAUCGUCGCCCAGGCGGUAAAGAUAAAGGAGGGGCGAAGGGUGGUGGGCGUCGGGCCGAAGUUGGCGAUACCGGACUCGUACACCGGGUUCUUCGAGAUCCUGAGCGAGGAGGGCCGGGCCGUUCGGGGAAUAGAGUCGGUCAGCGAACUGUCGAGGCGAUGCCCAGAGGAGGGCGCCCUCGUCCGGGAGACCAUGAGGGGCAUCGGGUGCAAGGUUGACGAGGCCGGGAUCGUGAUACCGGAAGGUUCCCGGACGCUGCCGGCCGGCGAGACGAUCACGGCCGCCGGCGAGGUGACGAUCCAGGGCAGGGGUCGGUUCCUGCGGUGCGUCGACUGCCGCGGGGACAGCGUGCUCCUCGGCAUCGAGCAGCGGGGCAGAUUCAGCGCCCUGGCGAGGGAGGACAACAUCAGCGGCGUCCACACGGCCAGGGCGCUCCUGAGCAAGCGGCUUCCGCUAACGGUGAGGCUCGUUCACGGGCAGCCGCCGCGGGGCCUCAAGUCCUCGUCUCACUUCCUGCCGGAGCUGCGACUCCUCUCGACCUUCGAGGAGGAGCACGUGUUCGCGCUUCCGCUCCAGAGGGACGGCGCGGCGGUCGCGCUUCCGCUGGCGGCGCCCCUGAAGCUCGUCAAGGCGAGGAACGAGGAGAUGCUGCGCUCGAUGCCGGAGCUGACGCGCCUCGUCGAGCGGGGAUCUCGCCUCGUGGCCGACGUCGCCGACCGCGCUCACGUGCUCGACGGUCGCCUCGGCGAGGGCAAGCCGAGACUACCGAGGAGCGGCGGGUUCCUCAGGCGGUCGGCGAGCUCCGACAGCGCGAAUCAUCAGCAGAAGCAUCACCACCAUCACCACCAUCAUCAUCAUCAUCAUCAGAGCAGCCACAGCAGCCACGGGCACGGUUACCGGGACGAGAAUCGGGUACCGCCGUCGUACACGGAGGACUACGACGAAAUCGAUCAGAUAUACGACUACGUUCGCGGCUUUGCUCCACUUCCGAAAAGCGUUCGAUCGCCGUACGAAAGCGCGAGCAGCAACAGCCCUCCGCUUACUCCCGUCACCGUCAGCGUCGCCUCGAUUUUGGACGACAGACCCGAGCCACCGCCGAUCGAAACGAUACCGACGAAGAAGAUACAGGCUGAGAAACGGACCCGACGCGCCGUCAAGGAGACGCCUAUGCCCAAGGUUGAGAAGCCGCCCCUGGCCAAGCUCUACGUAAAGAACAGCGGGACUCACAGAGGGCGUCCGUUGAUGAGGCAGAAGAGCGCAUCGCCGUUGAAAGAGACGCCGCCCGGUUACAAGGGCGGCUCUCCGCUCUUCAAUAUCCGCUAUAAAAGUCUGACCAAUCUCCAGCAGGCCAUGGAACUCGAUGGCACUCUGGACUCCAGUCAUUCCGGGGGUCGUACUUCCGGGGAUUCCGGGGCCGGGGCCAAGCUUCCGGAGAAGAGGUCCAGACGGCUCAGCAGACCUCGUUCGCUCACGAAUCUCGUAUGGGAGCUUCGCGGAGGUAACGGAGCUAGUUCUGGAAAGGAAACAACGGCCACUGCUGCCCCACCUCUUCAACCGACAAAGUGCGGACCCCGCUUGGCCGUAACAGUCAUGGCGCCACGACGCGUCGGCACGCUCUACCUCUAGAUCCUGCACGUCCGACGAGGGCUAAUAACUUAAACGUUGUCCGGCUAUAAACUCGGUGGUCAACCGGUCAGCGUGGGCAGGACGGACCUCGGAGGUCGUAGCUUCGAACGCUGCGCUCACAGGCGCACGAGGUCUAUCGUGUGUGGUCACCGAGACCACCCUUCGGACGAAGAUGAGGAAAAAAGAAAGGAAGAAAAAAAGAAAAAAACACCAAAGAAGACACGAAGGUCCGUGUGUCAAGGAGGAGCGAUAAUUUUGAUACUUAAUUCCAGAAGGCCAGGGGACUGGGAAAUUUGCCAACUUCGUUAUUCGGACUCGGACAAUCGACUCACCUGGUUGCCGAACACGCCGAUGCUGCAAGCGCUGCUCACUUGGUCGGGAUCAAACCAGACGGCGGCGAGGCGAGAAGGCACAGAUAAGACGAAAACUUGACUCAGCGCGACGACGGAGUGACCCAGGAAAGUCACCAAGAAUCUGUCCGGGGCAACGCUGAAUACUUUUAUCCAUGCCCCGGUCGCAGUGCCAAUAGCACCGAUGAUCACGGCUACGCGUAGACCCUGUAACGUAUAACGCGUGAAUUGUAAAAAAUAGAAGAUUAUUUUGGGUCGUCGCUUGAUUCGAAUAAAGAGGGUUAAAUUUUAUGACCCUUCGAAUAGCGGCAAAUUCUCCGCGGCUUUGUCGGACUGUGAAUUACAAUUUUUGCGGUCAACUUGUGAACAGUUUCUACUAGCAAUUUUAAAAGAUACUUUUUUGCCAAUGCAAGUUUUGACGCGCGUAUUUCUAGUACGGAAUGACUAGAAAUAUUUAGUCUGUCUUUUGCCUGGUGAAACGCACCGAUACAUUUGAAUAGAAUAUUUAGACAUUUUUAAUACUCGAAAUUAAUCGUGCUGGAACGAAACGCAAAAUUUCAUCAAUAACAGCGUUCUAAUCUUUGUACCGGUCAGUUGUACGGUUGCUCUAGACCGAAGCCUUGGCAAUUUUAAGCACAUUUAGUAGUUUGCUACGGUUAUCAAGUCGCUAGUUUAAUCGGUGGUAUAAUAAUCCAACAUAGCACGCAGAGUGACGAUAGCUUUUAUCUAUUAUAAAGGUAUAUCCGGUUUGAAAUUGCAAUACCGGGAAUGACCAAUGCUGCGUACAAUGUCUUGGAACAAUAAAUAACAAUGAGUUCCUUUCAUAAUCGAGCGAAUCGUUAUACGGGUGUUAAAUAUUUGCUAAUUAAUAUUUAUUGAUCAUGAUUGAUUUUCAAUCAAGUUUCCAUGUGGAACAAACUUAAAAGAACAGUAGCGUGUAUGAUUUAUUUGAAUUUUUUCGAGCGUCUUCAAGACAUAAAUUCCAGCUUAUCACGUAUGUUUCAUCGGUAUAAUUAUUCUACAAGUCCUCUAGAAUACGGCCCGUAAAUCUGAAUAUCAGGUGAGGAGAAUGAUUGUGAAACUUUCGCGACUCAAAACUGCAGAAGCGGGAUUACAAAUUUUAUACCCCACCAAUUGCAUCUUGCAAUAAAAUAAAGUAUUCGCAAACAACUUUAUCUCAAUGCUGCAACAUUUCACAGUACUAGAACCAGCAAUUGAUUAGCGCACGCUCCGGGCUAAUUUAAGACUAUAUAAAUAGGCUAAUAUAACUGAUCAGUAGUUGCUACUGACGAUGAUUAUGUGAAAAAUUUAGCACAACUUUACUCGUAGACAAAGUUCGGGUUCGUACGUUUGUUACACGCAAUGGAACUUAACCGGUUUUUCUGUUUUGUAAUGAUUAGCUUUUACCCCAGAAUGUUGACGGAAUGAGUGUAACAUCUCUUUAAAUGCGUAGUAAAACAUGCAUUACAAUCACUUUUACAUACAGUGACAAACUCCACGCAUACGCCUUUGUGAGAACAUAAGGAAAUCGAUUAAAUAAGCAUAAUCUAUACGUCAAACAAAAGGUGUCAUGCGCCGAGUUUGAGAAGAGUAGAUUUUCUGUCGGCGCUCGAUGUUUCGAAAUUCGUUGAUACCGAUCUAUUACGCAGAAGAAUUAGACGCAGGAGAUUUACUUUUUCCUGCUUUGACCUCAGUCAAGAUACACUGUAAAGUGUAUCAUUUACUUUUUAUGUACCGAUGAGAUUACAAAUGAGUGGAAAAUUUUAGAAAUGUGUUUAUAAUUCUGACGGCUAUUGUCACUCGGCUGAGAUAAGUGUCAAGCGUAAUCCAACACUAUGUGCCAAUGCUAGAUUAUUACCAAGUCGAGAUGUUGAAUCAACCCAUUUUCUCACCGUCCGUAUUUCUCGUAUACGCAGCGACUAUUGGUACAGAAUCAGUGAAUUGCUGUGCCUCGGUAAUAAACCCCUCCUUGUUCUUAAUGAAGAAAAUCAUAAGGCCAAUAACCGAGCUGGGCCUUCACGAUUCAUUGUUGCGUUUUUAAUCUUGGUUUGUUUGUAUUUUACAUCCGGUGCAGGAUUGCAGCAGAGAAUCCACUUAACAACGAUAAUCUCUAGAUUAACAAUGAUUCGACAAUGAAUCCUGUACACUCACCAAUUUAUCCAAGAGGUAGCUGGCGGGAAAUAUGAAUGGGAUGUAGAGGACCAUGUAAAUCAAACUGGUCCAGUUGACGGCCUCGUCUGUCACGUCGUAAUACUUCAUCACGAUGUUGGCGAUUAUACUGUACUGGAUCCAUUGCAUCGCAUUGCUGGCGCUGUAGAAAACGAAGAU